AUGUCUGAAGAAACAAACAAUGUCAAACUGGAAAGCUUUGAAGGCUCAGCUCAAUCAGAGCCCCUCAAAAUAGAAGACAAUGAAGAUUUAGUGCAGCCUUUUCAGUUCAUUAUUAUCGAAAUGCCCAGUGGCAAUGCGAAAAUUACUGGUAUCAAACCCCAUAGUAAAAUAGGUCUAGGGAAAUUCGGUACUUUCAGUGCUGAUGAGCUUAUUGGUAAACCUUUCGGUCUCUCCUAUGAAAUUAUCUCGGCCGAGGGGCAGAUUCGACCUGUGAGCCAUGUCUCCAAACAUAAUGAAAUAGAGGAAACCGAUGCAAAUAACCAAACAAUUACUGAUGAUAAUGCUGUGCAAAAAUUGACGCUUGAACAAGUGCUCGAAUUAAAGGAAAAGGGCUUGAAAGGAGAAAUAGAUACAGAGGAAAUUAUCAAAAAAAUGGUCGACUCUCAUUCUGAAUUUGAGAAAAAGACAGAGUAUUCGAAAGCAAAAUACAUUGAGCGUAAAAAAAAAAAAUUCAUGAAGGUGUUUACUCCAAUCAAACCUACCAUGAGCUCUAUUGCAGAAUAUUUUUUCAACAAAAAUCCCGAGAAGAUCAAAUAUUUACGUAUUGAUACCUUGUCACAACUAUUAUCGAUGGCUAAUGUGAGAGCCAAUUCUAAACUGCUAGUAGUGGAUGAUACACAAGGUAUGAUUGUCGCCUCUUGCCUCGAGCGCAUGGGAGGCCAUGGUCAAUUAGUGACGAUACAUGAAGGCGAAUACCAUAACUACGAUGUCUUGCGAUAUGUCAGUCUAUCCAAAUCGGUACAAAGUAUUUUGCAUCCUGUGCCAUUAGCUAUGGUGGAUCCAGAAGUACCAGAUGAACCUUUCGACGUUAUAUCAGAUGAAGAAUUUAAUAACUUACCAGAAGAUUCUCAAAAAGCCUACACGAGACGAAAAGCAGCUUGGGAAUUUAAAGUGAAAUCGAGAAAGUUACUAUUAGAAGGCAAUUUUGACGGAUUAAUCAUAUCCUCUGUAUUUUCGCCAGAAUCAGUCUUAAAAAUCUUGACAAAAUAUGUUUCUGGGUCGCGACCGAUUGUAAUAUAUAGCCUUAACAAAGAAGUGCUAUUAACAGCUGCUUAUUGGAUGCGCCGAUCUUUUGAUUACCUAAAUGCCGAAGUGACAGAAAGCUUUUUGAGAGAAUAUCAAGUAUUGCCAGGACGUACCCAUCCUCAUAUGAACAUGAGUUCCGGUGGCGGUUAUUUGCUAUCAGCCUUAAGGAUUAUUGAUUGCCCAUUUGACCCUUCUUUGGUGAAAAAGGGCAGUGAUAGUGACAGAAGAUCAAAGAAAAAGAAGAAAACAAACACUGGUAAUGCCACUCCAGUGAAAAACGAAGAAACUGCUGUUACAAAUUCAACUGCUUCACCUACCACUACAGGAUCCUCUUUAGCCUAA